AUGAGAACUUAGAAAAAAGCAACACAAAACGAAGAAACACAAUAAGAAGAUUUCAUAUGCAUAUAAAAACUGUAUAGUUCUUCUACAAAAGUGUCCCUUCAAACAAUUAGGAAGCUUAUAUCAGAAUAUUUAGGAUUUGAUUUAGUAUUUGAUUCUUUAGUUGAAAUUAUGGAGGAAAUGGAUCUAAAUGACUAUCUAAAUCAAGACUAUGAAGUCUCAUUCAUUGUUGAAAUAAUCAAUUCAACUUAUUUUUAAGAAAGAAUACCUCCUAUUUUAGGUAAAUUACCUAAAGCGAUAUACCUCAAAACCAUAGAAUGCGUUCUUUAUAUAGCGUCACUAAAAAUUAUAGAGAUGCCACAAAUAUAAAAUUGCAUAUAAAUAUUUAAUUCAUCAGAUUAAGAGUGGAUGGUAAAUGGUAUGCCAAUAGAUAAUGAAUUAAUUCAGAGUAUUCUUUGGAAAAUAAAUAGAUAUAUAAAUGAAAGAAAACUCACACAAUGGAUAUUAUAAAACAAACAAGAUUUUUUAAUUCAGCAUAAAAUUAUGCUACACGAGUUUCUCCUUCUUGCUUGUAAUAGUAGUAAAAAAGAAGAAAUGUAAAAAUUAUUGGGUACAAUGUAGCAAGAUUCAUACUAAAAAUUAAUGUUGCUAGCUCCCUCAUUCAUUUAAGGAUUACCUAUACAGAAUAGGUUAAAUAGGCCUCAGUCUUCUAGUCAUAUUUUACAUAAAAAUAGCACACAGUAGCAUGGUUAAAUUUAGCAAUACUAAACGCUCAAGAUAAAUUAAAUAAACUAGCUUUUUAUUGCAAAUAAAAAUAAUUAUGUGAGCUCAACUUAAGUUUUAGAUGAUCCUUAAAAAAAAAGAUAGUAGCUCCAACUAAAUAAAAUUUAGUUGAUUUCAAAUUAAGAUAAUAAAACAGAACAAAAAAAAUAAAAAAAUUUUAAACUCUCUACUUAAAAACCAGUAAGAAUAGAAAACUAUAAAAGCCAAAUAUUUGGAUAUCAUUAACUUGACCCUAAGUAUAGAGCUAACUUAAAAAAAAUAUUGAAUUUAAGAUAAGGAGCAGAUAAUAAUACACUUAAAAAACAAAAAAGUGAUGAAAUUAAAUUUAUAGACUCAAAUAAUCUUAGGCUAUAAGAAAAUAAUUCGUUUCCACGUCAUUUGGAAAAUCAAUAUGUAUCAGAAAAAGCUUUAAGCCAAACAAACACCACAUAUAAUUUGAAGAGUAAUCCUGAAAACAAAGAAGAGAGCUAAUUGCUAAAUUACUUGCUAAAAAGUUAGAAUUACGUUUUGCAUUAAAGACCUCAAAGUGCCUUAAAAGAUCCUCCAUAGAAUCCCUUUGGAUUUUGUUACCACCCUGAAAAAGAGUAACCAGGAGUUCCUAUUUAUGUUCCAUCAAGUACAAGCUAAAGCUAAUUAGAUACAAGCAUAGUUAUAAAUUCUAAAAAAUAAAAAAGCUUUUUAAAUGCUUCGAAUGACAAAAAUUUUUUUACAAGUAAAAGAAUGAAUCAGAGUGGGAGAAAUGUAGCUGAAUAAAUUCUAGACCAAGAAUUACAUGUUUGGGAAACUAAGUUAGUAAAUAAAACAAAUAAAGAAAAUAAUAAAUUGUUUGUGCCAUAUGGAAAUAUAAAAAAGUAAUCCUUUACAAUUAAUUUGCCAUUUGAAAAAAAGAUAUGA